GCGCGCAGUCGGUUUGGGUUCCGUGUUACAUUCGAAAUUAGUUGGCAACACUGAAUUUUCUCCACCUUACACUUCAAACGAACGUACUAGUUGACUUUUCCUGCAGCGGGUAUUGCAUCGUUAUUUGUGAUUACCAAAAAUAAGUAGGUGGGUCAGCUAUGGCGGUGGCGGUCUAUGAAGAAACUGAAUGCAGAAAAAACUGCCCUGCACAGGACACAAACCUUCCACCAGAAACAAGCUCAGCACUGGAAUCUGGUACCUCCAUCUCUAGCAGUAGAGAGGUGUUGCCAGCUCCACCAACAGCUAUCCUGGAGAAUAUUCAUGAAUCUGGAGAGAUAAACCUGAACUUGGCUGAGGGAGGCAAAGGUGAGGGAAGUGUAGAGAGGGUAUUCACUGGUGAUGAGGAUACAAGUGGGAUUGUUAAAGAGCUGAGUUGGAACUCAGGUGACUGUGAUAAGGAGGAAAGGAGAGAUGCUUUCUCAGAGGGUGUGAGUGACAUAGUCAGUGCAGGGUGGAGAGAGGGAGACUGCUUUGUCCCAGUUGGAGUAGAGGUGACUGAGAUGGCUGCUGAGGGGGAGUUUGAAGAUGGGAUGAGAGCUGAAAUGAAAGAGGGAAAGGGGACAAACAGUUAUGAGUCAGGGGAGGAGUUGGUUGCUGAGAGGGCUGUGAAGAGAGAGAUUGAAGAGAAAGAUACAGAGGGAAAACUAGUCCUAGAGAAAGAACACAAGGUGGCUCCCAAGAGGAAGAAUAUAAGGAAACGCAGACGAUCAACCAAACCUCAACGUGACAAAGAGGCAAAUUCCAGUGCUUCCUUUGUAGAGACUGUUCUCUCAUUGCUACUGUCAGUCUUCCUAUGGCUGCAGGCAUUCUCACCAACAAUGUUAAGCUGGUCCCCAAAUAGUUUAUUUUGUAUAGUCAUGCUCGGGGUGGCAUCUGGCACUGGGGGUGUCUUUACAAGCAACGAUCACCAGAGUUUGUCAUGCAUCGCCUGCAAGAUUCCUGGAUGUGCUGCUGAUGUGACUAAGAUAUGGUGUGGGGAGGAUGAACUGUUGAAGGGUUUACCGAUCCCACUCUGUACAAGCAUUUCCCAAAAGUCCAAGACUGUUUGCCAGCAUGAUGGUCGGACAUUUGUGCUUAUGAUUGAAGAGGGCAAGAAGUGUGAUAUGGAACAAUAUCAUGACCAUGUGCCCUCUGAAAAGACAGAGUGUCCACCAUUGUUGGAGGCUGCUCAAGACUCAAGGUUGGACACUGUUCGAGGUGACACCACUUUGUCAGCACCAACUCUCAAUGAGAAUAACUUCUGGACAUCAGAACUGGGAUUACUCUUCACGGACUGGAAGAAGCUUUUUCCUUUAACGAGUCAGACGAGAAAGAUAUACAGGUCCAGAUACAUGUCAUUUGUGUGAAAAAAAGAUGGAGGAAAAGAGGACGCAGAUCAGGCUGCCUUUUGCGAAUCCGUAGGCGAGCGAGUAAACUCCCAUUGCCAUCAAUUCUACUUGCUAACAUGCAAUCAUUGGAAAAUAAAAUGGAUGACCUACAAUUAUCCUACCAACGGAACAUUAAGAACUGUAAUAUCGAGUCGUGGCUGAAUGACUACGCGGACAAUAUAGAGCUGGAGGGAUUUUCAAUGCAUCGGCAGAACCGAGAAGCUACGUCUGGUAAGACGAGGGGUGGAGUUGUGUGUCUUUUUAUCAAUAACAGCUGGUGCACGAUGUCUAAUAUAAAACAAGGGAUUGCUCGCCUGAGGUAGAGUGCCUUAUCAUAAGCUGUAGACCACACUAUCUACCAAGAGAGUUCUCAUCUAUAUUAUUCGUAGCCGUCUACAUACCACCACAGACCGAUGCUGGCACUAAGAGCUCACUCAACCAACUCUAUAAGGCCAUAAGCCACAAAGAAAAUGCUCACCUAGAAGCGGUGCGCCUAGUGGCCUGGGACUUUAAAUGCAGGCAAACUUAAAUCCGUUUUACCUAAUUUUUACGAGCAUGUCACAUGUGCAACCAGAGGGGGGAAAAAAACUAGACCACCUUUACUCCACACACAGAAACGCAUACAAAGAUUUGUAUGCGUUUCUGUGUCCAAACACACCAAGACUUCAUGAAGAGGGCACGACAAAACCUUUCCUCCCUCAGGAGACUGAAAAGAUUUGGCAUGGGUCCCCAGAUCCUCAGAAAGUUCAACAGCUGCAUCAUCGAGAGCUCUGGUUGCAUCACCACCUGGUAUGGCAACUGCUCGGCAUCUGACCAUAAGGCGCUACAGAGGGUGGUGCGUACGGCCCAGUACAUCACUGGAGCCAAGCUUCCCGCAAUCCAGGACCUAUAUAAUAGCCAUACGACUGCUGAACAAUUAAUCAAAUGGCCAUCAGACUAUUACAUUUACAACCCCCCUUUGUUUUGUAUACUGCUGCUAACUGUUUAUUACCUAUGCAUAGUCACUUCACCCCUACCUACAUGUACAAAUUACCUCUAACAUGUACCCACGCACACUGACUCGGUACCGGUACCCCCUGUAUAUAGCCUAUUUAUUGUUAUGUUAUUAUUUUUUACUUUCGUUUAUUUGGUAAAUAUUUUCUUAACUCUACUUGAACUGCACUGUUUAAGGACUUGUAAGUAAACAUUUCACGGUAAGGUCUACACUUGUUGUAUUCGGUGCAUGUGACAAAUAAAGUUUGAUUUGAUUCAA